UUAGGCUUUGGCCCUGGGAGCAGAGGAUUCUGGGGGCUGAGAGUGGCAAUGGUAUCUGUGUGAUCUGCGGAGGUGGUCAGACCUCGGCUAAGAGCAUAAAAGAUGACAACAGCAGCCAGGCCGACUUUUGAACCUGCAAGAGGUGGAAGAGGAAAAGGAGAAGGUGAUCUGAGCCAACUCUCAAAGCAGUAUUCAAGCAGRGAUCUUCCCUCUCAUACAAAGAUAAAAUACAGACAAACUACUCAGGAUGCCCCUGAAGAGGUUCGUAACCGGGACUUCAGGAGGGAGUUGGAAGAAAGAGAGAGAGCUGCUGCACGAGAAAAAAAUAGAGAUCGUCCAACCCGAGAACAUACAACCUCCUCUUCAGUGUCAAAGAAGCCUCGGCUAGAUCAGAUUCCUGCUGCCAACCUUGAUGCGGAUGAUCCUCUAACAGAUGAGGAAGAUGAAGAUUUUGAAGAGGAGAGUGAUGAUGAUGAUACUGCAGCUCUCCUUGCAGAACUAGAAAAAAUUAAAAAAGAACGAGCAGAAGAGCAGGCCAGGAAGGAACAAGAACAAAAAGCUGAAGAAGAGAGAAUUCGUAUGGAGAACAUUCUGAGUGGAAACCCUCUUCUUAAUCUCACUGGCCCUUCCCAGCCUCAGGCCAACUUCAAAGUUAAAAGAAGGUGGGAUGACGAUGUUGUGUUCAAGAACUGCGCAAAAGGUGUAGAUGAUCAAAAGAAAGACAAAAGAUUUGUAAACGAUACACUGCGAUCUGAAUUUCACAAAAAAUUCAUGGAGAAAUAUAUUAAGUAGUACAGUUUUAUGUGCUUAAUUAAAGACUGUAAAAUGUUAAGGAUCAUUUUGAUGUUUUUUUUUUUUUUCCUUUUCCGCCGUCUAAAUGGUAUAUAAUAGACUUCCCUAAUUUUAAGUUCCAAAGUACCUUUUUCUUUAUUGAGACCUUAUUGAUAAUGGACUUGGGAAUAGGUUUAACUCCGUUUCUAUUCUCUGAAUGUUUUCAAUCAUGUUUUUUUUUUUUUAAUAUGGGAAAAAAGAACCUGCUUGUAAUAAAUGAUUUUAAUCUAAAUAA